ACCUCCAAGCAGACGUGCUCUCUCGUCUUAGUGAAGUGUUUCGCGCAAGUUUUACCACGUUCCUCACUCCUACUUGAACUCACUAUUUUUGUGUGAUUCAGUCUCUUUCUCGAGUGACUGGAAUUGAAUUUCGAGUGUUUCACUUUCGUAUCCGUAUAGUUUUAUUAUUUGUUCAUUGUGUCGUGUAUGUUGAAAUCCGUUCAAUUUUUCCAUCCACAAGCAGUUGAAGUGAUUUUUAUUUUUUGUUUGAACGAAAGUAAAUCGAUUUGCAAUUGCAAUUGCUUUGGCCACCUUUGUUGUUGGGCUCCAAUGAAUGUGUUAUUGAUAAGAUCGGAAGUUUGAGAAUUGUUUGUUUUUGAAAAUCAAAUUGAUUGAGAUUUGCUCAUAAAAGAGAAGAGACGUGAAAACCCGUUGAGUGCGACGGAGAGGAGAAAAAACGAUGUCUGCGCUUAGACAUCGUUCGCUGGUUGGCGCGCCACCACCACCCGGCGACAGUGAAGAUGAAUUCUCCGAUAACGAAAGCACACCACUCACCCAAGACAUCUAUGGCGGCAGUCAACGAACCGUACAAGAAACAAAAGGAUGGGAUGUGUUCCGAGAUCCGCCGCUCAAAAUCGAGAGUGGUUCGAUGGCAAAUCAGGCGUGUCUUGAUUUAUCGGUGAAAAUUCUAAAAGUGUUCGCAUAUCUAUUCACAUUUGUGAUUGUGCUUGGCGGUGGCGUUAUAUCAAAAGGCUGUGUAUUGUUUAUGACGGCGCAGUUGCGUCGCGAUAGAAAAUUACCUUACUGUAAUCAGGAAUUGGGGCGGGAUAAGGUAUUCGUUUCAGUUAUACCAGAAGAAGAGCGUGUUGCAUGGAUGUGGGCCCUGCUAAUCGCAUUUUCAAUACCAGAGAUUGGUGCAUUCAUUCGGUCCAUUCGUAUUUGUUUCUUCAAAUCAUGGAAAAGACCCCAACGCUCGCAUUUCCUUUUCAUAUUCUUAAUGGAAACACUGCAUACGAUUGGUGUGGCCAUGCUCAUGUUUAUCGUUCUACCCGAAUUGGACUCCGUCAAAGCUGCAAUGGUUACGAAUUGUUUGUGCUGUAUUCCAGGUAUUCUCGGUUUACUCUCACGUUCAUCGAAAGAAGGGCGUCGAGCGUUGAAAGUUUUCUUUGAUUUGUUAGCAAUUUCCGCGCAAAUAACCGGAUUUGUCGUAUGGCCAUUGUUGGAAAACAAUCGACCGAUUCUGUGGAUGGUACCAAUUGGUGCUAUAUUAACAUCGUGCGCUUGGUGGGAAAACUAUGUAUGCAUUCAUUCACCCAUCGGUUUUGUUCGUGCAAUGGGUCGUGCCAAGGAGGAUUUGCGAACCACUCGGUAUUUCAACAGCAUUUUCUUUUCGGUGUGGAAAAUUCUAUUGUUCUUUUGUUCGUUGGUCGUUAUUUUAUGGAUACAAGGCGAAUAUCCAAUGAAUUUAUUCCAUAUGUUUGGUGAUGCAUUCGGUCCACACAAAAUUGUUGUUGAAGAGGUCGCUGAAUCGUUGAGAGUCAGUCUACCGGAUAUUAUUACUAAUUCACAACUCGGUGAUACUACGGAAAUUGACGCCGAAUACAAUACCGUCGUUUAUGUUUUAUUACUUCAAAUAGUUUCAGCAUAUUUAUGCUAUAUUUUUGGCAAAUUCGCAUGUAAAAUUUUAAUUCAAGGAUUCAGCUACGCAUUCCCCGUCAAUUUAACCAUUCCGGUGUCAAUUUCAUUGAUGAUUGCCGCAUGCGGAAUUCGAAAUGAUGAUCCAUGCUUUUUCAGUGGCAGCAUACCUGAUUAUUUGUUCUUCAGCAGUCCGUUGGUAUUUAAAUUGCAAGAAUUUGCGGCACGUGAAAUGGCAUGGGCAUGGUUACUUUGGUUGCUAUCACAAACGUGGAUCACAAUUCAUAUAUGGACGCCGAAAUGUGAACGUUUGGCAACAACUGAAAAAUUAUUCGUUAGCCCCAUGUACAGUGGAUUGUUGAUCGAUCAAUCGUUGGCAUUGAACCGAAGACGCGACGAUCAAGCCGAUGUUAAAACUGAAGAUUUGGCCGAAAUUGAAAAAGAAAAAGGUGAUGAAUAUUACGAAACGAUUUCCGUGCACACCGAUGGUUCAACGCCGCAUAAGCCAAACAUUAAGAAUUCCGAUCACAUUACACGAAUCUAUGCUUGCGCAACCAUGUGGCACGAGACAAAAGACGAAAUGAUGGAGUUCUUGAAAAGUAUCAUGCGUUUGGAUGAAGAUCAAUGUGCGCGACGUGUUGCCCAAAAAUAUUUGCGUGUCGUUGACCCAGAUUACUAUGAAUUCGAAACUCACAUUUUCUUCGAUGAUGCUUUUGAAAUUUCCGAUCACAGUGAUGCUGACAUUCAAGUAAAUCGGUUCGUGAAAUUGUUGGUGCAAACAAUUGACGAUGCGGCCUCCGAUGUACAUCAAACAACAAUUCGUGUUCGUCCGCCAAAGAAAUAUCCAUCACCGUACGGUGGCCGAUUGGUGUGGACAUUGCCUGGCAAAACAAAGAUGAUCGCUCAUUUGAAAGACAAAGAUCGAAUUCGACAUCGUAAACGUUGGUCACAAGUGAUGUACAUGUACUAUUUGUUGGGACAUCGAUUAAUGGAAUUGCCAAUUUCGGUGGAUCGGAAAGAGGUUGUCGCUGAAAAUACUUAUUUGCUAACAUUGGAUGGUGAUAUUGAUUUUCAACCGGGUGCCGUCAUGCUUUUGGUCGAUUUGAUGAAAAAGAAUAAAAACCUGGGAGCUGCAUGUGGCCGCAUUCACCCGAUCGGAAGUGGCCCAAUGGUGUGGUAUCAGAAAUUCGAAUAUGCAAUUGGUCAUUGGCUGCAAAAAGCAACGGAACAUAUGAUCGGUUGUGUACUUUGUAGCCCCGGUUGUUUUUCACUGUUUCGUGGUAAGGCAUUGAUGGACGAUAACGUGAUGAAGAAAUACACGACACGUUCAGAUGAAGCACGUCACUAUGUGCAAUACGAUCAGGGAGAAGAUCGUUGGUUGUGCACACUAUUGUUGCAACGUGGCUAUCGUGUUGAAUACUCUGCUGCAUCUGAUGCAUACACCCAUUGCCCAGAAGGAUUCAAUGAAUUUUAUAAUCAACGUCGUCGUUGGGUGCCCUCGACUAUAGCCAACAUCAUGGAUUUACUUGUCGAUUACAAACGUACGGUUAAAAUAAAUGACAACAUUUCGCUACUUUACAUUGCCUACCAAGUUAUGUUGAUGGGUGGUACAAUUCUUGGACCUGGAACGAUAUUUCUUAUGUUGGUUGGAGCUUUUGUGGCCGCGUUUAAAAUUGACAAUUGGACAUCAUUCCAUUACAACAUUUUUCCGAUUCUUUUCUUCAUGGUUAUCUGUUUCACGUGCAAAUCGAACGUUCAAUUGAUUAUAGCGCAGAUUCUGUCCACGAUAUAUGCGCUUAUUAUGAUGGCAGUGAUAGUGGGUACGGCAUUACAAUUGGGCGAAGAUGGUAUCGGCAGUCCAUCGGCAAUAUUCUUGAUAGCAUCGGCGUUAACGUUUUUAAUAGCAUCGCUACUGCAUCCGCAAGAAUUUUGGUGCAUAUCGGCUGGCAUUAUUUAUGUUCUUUCAAUUCCAUCGAUGUAUUUGCUUUUGAUUUUGUACUCAAUCAUCAACUUGAAUGUCGUGUCGUGGGGAACGCGUGAAGUGGUGGCAAAGAAAACGAAAAAGGAGUUGGAACGCGAAAAGAAAGAGGCCGAAGAGGCAGCAAAACGUGCCAAACAAAAGUCUUUGUUGAGUUUCUUACAAGGCGGCGUUGGUGAUAAUGGCGAUGAAGAGGGCUCCAUUGAAUUAUCAUUGGCUGGACUAUUCCGUUGUAUGUUCUGUACGCAUGGCAAAACAAGCGAUGAAAAAGCACAAUUGGCCCAUAUUGCCGAUUCUUUAACGACAAUUCAAAAGAAAAUCGAUACAAUCGAACAUAUUGUCGAUCCACAUGGUUUUCAACAUCGUAAACGUACAGCUUCGGGAAGCUCACGCGAUCAUCAUUUGGGCUCAGUUGUUGAGGAAACCGACGAAGAUAGUGAGCAUUCUGAUUCGGAAACGUCAACGGUUCAACGCGAAGAACGUGAUUUUCUCACAAAUCCAUACUGGAUUGAUGAUCAGGAUUUGAAGAAAGGUGAAGUUGAUUUCUUAAACAGCUCGGAAAUUCAAUUUUGGAAAGAUCUCAUCGACAAGUAUCUUUAUCCAAUCGAUCAAGACAAAGAAGAACAGGCUAGAAUUGCAAGUCAUUUGAAGGAGUUACGUAAUUCGUCGGUGUUUGCAUUUUUCAUGAUCAAUGCAUUAUUUGUGUUGAUUGUAUUUUUGCUGCAAUUGAAUAAAGAUUCUAUACAUGUUAAAUGGCCAUUAGGUGUUAAGACAAAUAUUACCUAUGACGAAACAACACAAGAGGUUCACAUAUCGAAGGAAUAUUUGCAAUUGGAGCCGAUCGGUUUGGUGUUUGUGUUCUUCUUCGCAUUGAUUCUGGUUAUUCAAUUCACGGCCAUGUUGUUCCAUCGUUUCGGAACUUUGUCACACAUUUUGGCCGCAACUGAAUUGAAUUUCUGCUGCAACAAAAAGACCGAAGAACUAAGUCAAGAUGCGCUCAUUGACAAGCAUGCGGUGGAAAUUGUGAAAAAUCUACAACGUUUACAAGGUAUUGAUGGCGAUUACGACAAUGAUUCGGGCAGUGGACCUGAUCGCAUAGCACGUCGACGAACCAUUCUAAAUUUGGACAAAGCGGCCAAACCACGACGACAGAUUGGCACCUUAGAUGUUGCAUUUAAAAAGCGUUUCUUACAGUUAACCGCUGAUGAGAAUAAUCAAAAUAAAAAUCGUACUCCAAUAUUGACACGACGAAUGACAAUGCGCCGCGAAACAAUUCGAGCACUUGAAGUGCGUAAAAAUUCGGUAAUGGCUGAGCGUCGUAAAUCUCAAAUGCAAACUCUCGGUGCAAACAAUGAAUACGGAGUUGUAACGAACCAAAUGAAUAACAACCAUGGACAACCUAUGCGAACACAUCGUUCUUCAAACGCAGUUCCAAUUUCUGUGAAGGAUGUGUUCGAUGUGAACGGUGGUCCGAAUUCACAAAUUUAUGGCACGAGCGGAAAUGCUGGUCAAAUCAAUCAGGCGUAUGAGCCGGUUGUUGAUGACGACGAUAGAAAUUCAUUACGUUUAGCACCCAGAAAUCAUCAAGCCGCAUGGAGUGGUGGUAUCGGCAAUAACUCAAAAUUGUAGAAUUUGUACAACGAAUUUUGGACACAUUCACAUCUAGACAAAUUAUUUUCAAAUUGUAUGUAAUUUCUGUUAGUGUUAGUUAGUGAAACAAAAAAAAAAAAAAAAAAA